UGUUAGCUUAGCUCAGGUUAGCUCGGGUUAGCUGAGGGGAGCCUCUCUCCCUCACAAACACAUGACCAGAGGCAGUUUCGGAGGUUGUAGUUUAACCUGUCCCUGAUGUAUCCGUCCACAAUUGCUCAACUGCCAAACUAGAAAUGAGUUAUUUCAGACAUUUAAAGGGAAUAGUUUCCAGCUAGCUAACAAACCGUUAGCCGGUCAGCUGAGGUGACGCUAGCAUGUAUCAGAGCUAACGCCUGAUCUUCAUGGUGAUCAGACGACACUACAAGUGUGAAUCCAGAGGACAGAGAUGUGGGACCAGGGAGGACAGCCCUGGCCUCAGUGGCCUCUGAGCCAGCAGCAGUGGAUGCAGUCUUUCCAGCACCAGCAGGAUCCAGGUCAAGUAGACUGGGCUGCUCUUGCACAGGCAUGGAUCGCUCAGAAGGAGUCGACAGGAACUGAACAGCCGAGCAUUCAGCCCAACGGUCAAGACAUCCCGGGCAUCGAUGCCGUUGCACAGAGUAACCAUGGCACCUUCCAGGGAGACCCAGCAUUUGGCAGAAUGUGGCAGCCAGGUACAGGUUACACCCCAUCAGACUGUGGAGAACGGGACAAAGACAUGGAUUCAGUUUGGAGAGAUAAUGAAUGGGGCAUGCAUGGCCAGCCCCCUCCUCCUCCACCCCCUGAGCAGGCCUGGAUCCCUCCAGGGUCAGGACCGAUGGAUGUUGUGAACCCCAGCGAGGACAGCAACAGCCAGGACAGUGUGGAGUUCAACUCUGAAGCCCAUCACGGGGUUUACCCCCAGAACAGCCAUGGGUAUGGGGCUCAGCCCGACAGCUACGCCAUGGCCCCCAUGGCCAUGAACCAGUUUGAUUAUCAGCAUGGAGCUGCCUCAUCCUUUCCUCCCACACAAACUGGCUUCCAUCCCCCGUACUGGCAGGGUCCUCCUCAGAACAGGCGAGAUACAAGACCAUCUGGUUUUAGAGAACGACCCAGAUCCCCGAUCCAGAUCCCUGUCAAGCAGGAGACCCCGGCAACUUUAGAUGCUGUAAAAAGACGCACACUACCCGCAUGGAUCCGAGAGGGCCUCGAGAAGAUGGACAGGGAGAAGCAGAAGAAGCUGGAGCGAGAGCGCAUGGAGAAGGAGCGAGCCAAGAUCACUAAAGACGAAGGCAAAGACGAGGAGGCGGAGCAGGAGGGGGACGGGCCGCGUGUGCCGCGCAAGAGCAAAUUUGACAGUGAUGAUGAGGGGAAUGAGGACAAUGAGGAGGAAGAAAAGAUUUCCAUAAAGAAAGAGUUCUCUGGCCGGAGUCCAUCGCCCCCUGCUGAGGACAGUGAACCUGAAAUGACAGAUGAAGAGAAGGAGUUCCAUCUGAUGUUCAUCACCAAGACUCUCCUGACUGAGAUCCUCCUCGAGGUCACCAACGAGGAGAUCCAGCAUGUAGCCAAAGAGACUCACCGUAAAGCCACUCGAGCUCCUGCAAAACAGCUGGCACAGUCAAGUGCACUGGCUUCUCUGACUGGUCUCAGUGGGCUUGGUGACUAUGGUUCAGAUGAGAGCGAGGACGAGGACGAGCGCAGCAUGAGAGGGUCUGAGUCCUCCGACACCGACGAGGAGGAGCUGCGCCACCGCAUCCGGGAGAAGCAGGACGCCUUCCGCCGCAAAGAGCGUGAGAUGCUGCAGCUGCAAGAAAAACAAGCACAAGAGGCUCUGCUUGCACGUGAAGAGAUGAUGAAGGAGAGAUUGAUGAGAGAAAAGGGGGAAUAUGAUGAGGGCCAGCCAGAGAUUCCACAUAAACAGGAAAUAAAAGAGAGGGAGGCGGAGCCCUUGGUAGAGAGGCGUAGGUCCCGCAGUGAGAAAGAAGGUAGUGAGACUAAACACUCGGCAAGAGGAAAGGAGCGAUCAGGGCGAGGCAGUAGUGAAUCCCCGGCCAACGGUCACAGCAGCAGUUCCCGCUCCACCUCCAGCCACAGCAGCCGUCAUUCUUCUUCCUCCUCCUCUUCUUCCUCAGCAUCUUCCCGCAGCUCAUCUCGAUCCUCUUCUCCGAGAAGGAAGAGGAGGCGUAGUCGCUCCUCCUCCCACAAGGCUCGCCGGCGUAGCCGCAGCCACAGCUCCCACAGGCACCGCAGCGAUCGCAGUGAGAAGGGCAGGGACAGGAGGAGGAGCAGCGCAGAGAGGUCUAGCCGACACAAGAAAGACCGCAGUGAAUCCAGGGAGCGCAGGAGCCGCAGGAGUAGAUCCAGAUCCAGGGAGAGGGACAGGGGCAGAGCUAGGGCCAGAGAGAGCCGCAGUCGCAGCAGAGACAGGGAAAAGGAGAAAGAAAGAGAUAAGGAGAGGAAGAGGAGUCGAGAUCGCAGAGACAGCAGUCACAGCCGCAGCAGCAAACACAAACAAAAGUCCUCCAGCAAAGACAGGGAGAGGAAGAGGGAAAGAAGUUAUAGUCAUGAGAAAGACAAAAAGAAAAAGGAUAAAGAUAAGGACAAAGAGAAGGAGUCAGAUAAAAAGAAGGACAAACCAAAAUCCAAGGAGAAAGACAAAGAACGGAGAAGUUCUGCUGCUACAGAGGAAAAUGGUAAAUCCAAGAAAAGGAAGGAGAGUGACUCUUGCACAGACUCCCAGAGUGACAAGCACUCGCGGCAGGACAGCAAAGUAAGCAAGAAGGGCUCCGCCAAGGCUAGCAAGAGGUGCUCGGACUCUGAUUCCAGUAGAUCCCCGACCCCUGAAGUUAGCAAGGAAAAGAAAUCCAAAAAAUCCAAACGUAGUCGCUCACGGUCGACGGAAAAAUCUCACAAGUCUGGUAAGAAGGCAAGCCGCAAACACAAGUCUAAGUCGCGAUCAAGGUCAACGUCCCCCUCCCGUCGUAGCAGACGCUGAGGAGCACAGUUAGCCUCUUGCUCUGUGCACUUGCCAUUUUAAAUUCCAUGAGUUGAACAGGCUUGUCUCAUUAUAGAGGCAGUUGUGUAGGUGAACCCCCCUCUCAUACAUUUCUCUCAUCUUUGUAAAUAUGUUGUUUUUUAAGUGUGACUGAAGAAAAAGACUGUUUGAAUGGUAGGAAUUUUCACUUGUAUCAUUAUGCAAAGCUUAAGAAGACUACGGACACCAAGAACUCAAGUUGUAUUAUUUUAAAUGGUAACAGGAUUAACUUUUUUCCAAACAUUAUUGUAAGAUGUCCAAUAAAACUGUUUGUUCCUUG